ACGUCGCUAGCAGAGGCCCGUGCCAUCUCCGCUCGCUCGCUCGCUCGCUCUUUCCAGUCCUUCCUCCAACGAGACCACUCACUCAUCACGAUCCACUCCUCUCCCGCAUCAAUGUUCGACAUUCUUCCCCGUUUUGUUGGCUGCACUCGUCUCUUGCUGUGACUCCAUCCCCCAGCCCGAGAGCCUCCAUGCUUGUGCUCCCAUAGCCACCAUCUCGAGUACCUCGACGGCCACGACUCCCUCGGUCCGCUGUUGGCUGUGAUAGCGUCUCCUCCUCUGCGCCUCCAGCGAGCCCACUGAGUCCACCGUGGACCGUCCAGCUCGUCCAAUUUUGCAUCUCUCACCCGCCAGACUCCCCCCCGCAAACACUCCCCCCCUCCAUCCACCACAUCCUCCUCCACCCGCACUCUCCCACCAGUGCCUAUACCGAUCAGCGUUUCAAACCUCCUCCACCGCACACUGAAGACCUGGACCGCACGCCGCCGACUCACCCACACGCAGAGACAUGUCGGCGCCUUCCACGGCCACGGCCACGCUCCCUCCCCAUCACCAGUUCUACUCCCACCAUCAAACUUAUAAUCCCACCAAUGCUCCACUCGCAAACGGGAGCAACCGCAUAGCCAACUCACUCUACAACGGCUACCCUAAUACCGCCUCAAACUCAGACGUGCGUCGGACUACAACCACCCACCGCCCAUCCAAGCAGUUGCCCUCCGUGUCCGACACCGUGCCCCCUUCCGAUAUGGCCAGCAGGAAGCAGAAACCCGAUUGGGCCGCCUUCUAUAAAAAUGGCAUACCCAAGGAAGUCAUUGUGAUUGACGAUGACGAAGAAGACCCUGCGAGGCCUCCUCCUCCGCGCCCUGCACAACCCGCGCGAACUGCAACCAACGGCCCCGUCCGCCAUAAUGACAAGAAGCGCAAGACGGCAACUUCGACGGCUUACGAUCCCGUCUACAAUCAGCAUACUUCGUAUUCCACUACCCAAACGCCUGUCUACUACGAUUCGCCAAACCACUCGGCCUCUACUGAUAGAACCACCUCUGCUUUGACCAAUACAGCUGCCACUUCCCUGGGCUCUCAAGCGAGCAACGGCCAACAUCUCUCGCCCCUCGACAGCAGCGUGGUGGGCCAGAAGCGGAAGCGCACUCGCGCCGCCGCCCAGGACGAGGCCAAGCAGGCCAAACGUAGAGAGCUGGACGAUACGGACCCGUUUGCUCUGUACCAGCCACCUCCGAAUCCCGUCAUCAAGGCUAAAGAUGUUUAUGUGCAGGUUAUUCCUGAUCGGACCUACACCAAGGACCAGAAAGUCGACGACGAAGACGGGCACUACAUCGUCAGCCCCGAAAAUGACCUCACCGAACGCUAUCAAAUAUGCAAGCUGCUAGGCCAAGGCACCUUUGGCAAAGUCGUUGAAGCCUGGGAUAGAAAAAAGCAGACUCGAUGUGCCAUCAAGGUGAUUCGGUCGGUGCCCAAAUACCGCGAGGCUUCGCGCAUUGAGCUACGAGUCUUGUCUACGCUUGCUUCCAAUGACAAGGAGAACGUGAACCGAUGCAUCCACCUUCGAGACUGUUUCGACUUCCGAAAUCAUAUCUGCAUCGUUACCGACCUCUACGGGCAGAGUGUUUUUGACUUCCUCAAGUCCAACUCGUUUGUGCCGUUCCCAUCCUCGCAUAUCCAAAAGUUUGCGAAGCAGCUAUUCACCAGCGUCGCGUUUCUGCACGAUCUCAAUCUCAUUCACACCGACCUGAAACCGGAAAAUAUCCUUCUCGUCAACAACGCCUACCAGACGUUCACCUACAAUCGAACCGUUCCCUCGUCGUCCACACUGACCAGUCGGCAAGCACGCCACCGUAAGGUUCUCCUCGACCCAGAGAUACGUUUGAUCGAUUUCGGCUCUGCUACCUUCCAGGAAGAGUACCACUCAUCGGUGGUAUCCACUCGCCACUACCGUGCACCGGAAAUCAUCCUCAACCUUGGCUGGAGUUAUCCUUGUGACAUCUGGAGCAUCGGGUGCAUUCUCGUUGAAUUCUUCACCGGCGAUGCCUUGUUCCAGACGCAUGACAAUCUCGAGCACCUCGCCAUGAUGGAGGCUGUAUGCGGUGGCAAGAUAGAUCGGGAAAUAAUGAAGCAGGUUUACAAAGAGCAUCGCAACUCACGAAGCUCUUCCUCGGCCUCCCGCUAUUUCAAGAACUACAAGCUGGACUAUCCCAAUUCAGAUACCCAAAAGAGUUCCAAAAAGUUUGUAAAGGCGAUGAAGAAGCUCCAUGAAACCAUUCCGCCACACACGGAGUUCAACCGGAAAUUCCUCGACCUCCUCAAGCGCAUCUUCGUAUACGACCCCAAGAAGCGCAUCACCGCGAAGCAGGCCCUCCAACACCCCUGGUUUCAAGAAAGCCUGAUGGACGAUGGCACGGAAGCACACAAGAUAAGAAUGGAUAGGGAAAAGAGACAAAGGAGGCAGGAAGAGGCGCAGCGACUACGGGAGAGGGCGCCGUACUGA